UGUAACAUAGAGGGCUACCAUGUUGUUGUUUUCUCCAAAGGGUGAACAGGAGUGAGGCUGCUGGAACAGACACGAGGUGUUAGACAUUAGUCUGGCUUGAACUCAGGAGGUUUCGGUUAACUAGCAGCUAAGCUAAGGUUAUAAAGCAGGUCAGUAGUAGAAGCUCUGUCCUUUAAGUUUUAGUGUAACUUUGUUUUCUGUAUAGGGUUUAAGCUGCCUAAAGGGGCUAACUCUUAAGGAUUCCUCUUGUUUCAAAGGUCGUAUGUUUGGGUCAUGUCUCCAAACAGAACCACUGACCCCCUCUGACGAAAAGCUGAGAUCAGCCUGGAGAGGAAUGUAGGUUGUCAACAGAGCUAUUUUGGCAAUGUACAGCCGCUAAUGAUUGUGAUCACAGAGCAGAGCUCGGAGCAGUUGCUUUGCUUUCCUUUUUUCCUACCAGCAAGUUUGAUCAUGCAGCUCUCACCGAUGCUGCAGGGAUUAGAGAGUUAAACGAAUGGCACGUCGGCUGCGCUUGCAUUUUGCGUCAAGGAGAAGCAACACGGACCCUCUGUCAGAAAGCCUCAGCAGCCAUGGUGAGCAGAGCGGAGUUAGUGUGUCAGCUCAUAGCCCCGCAGAGAGUCUGGCGCACAGUUCUGUACACUUGAAGGUGACUCCUUUGUCACCGAACUAUGCUAAUUUACAGCAGUACUCUUCAGUAUUCAUACCCAGGGUUAACACUGGAGGAUUUAAUAAAAAGAGCAUUCUGCAGAUCUCGCUGCAGCCCUGUGGAAAGCUCAGUGGAGAGCUUAAUGGCAAUAUAGAGGAUGGAGACCCUGGGGCCAGUGAAGGAGGAGCAGGCAGUGGCUCUGACGGAAGCUCGUGCAGCAGCAGCAUGGCCAGCGAUGCCGGGUACUGUAGCAGCAACAGCAUCUUUGAGCCAGAGGCUUCAGAAAAGCACAGGACCACCCAGGAGAGGAGUCUACUCAGCCGAAAGUCCAAAGUCCCGCUGAGACGGUGCUCCUCCUUGGUUAUAUUUCCAAAGAGCCCCUGCAGCACCCCACCUGCUUCCCCAGUCAGUCCAGUGGCUCUACCUGCUCUCCCACCAGCCAGGGGGUCUUAUCAGUCAUCUCUUCAGACAUCUGCCAGUGAAUUCUCACAAGAUGAUGAGGAAGUGAAUUGCAAAGAGUCCACCACCACAGCAGCAAGUGACCGUCGUCUCCCAAAAGGAAGCUGUUCAUCCGAGUUGAGGGACACCAAACACAUGGUGCAAUUUAAUAUUCCUAUACAGGAUGAACCAAAAGGAAAAAUGGAGGACAGGAGUAAAAUAAGGGAACUGUCAUCAACUCUAGACAGAUCGAAUCGUCACUCUAGCAGCGUGCUGCUGCACUUUGCCCACCAGAGACCAAUGGUGUCCGGGAAGGGAGCUACAACCACGGCUACAGUCAAUGUGGAAUAUCCUGAGGCUCCUAACCCAGCCACACAUCCCAAGGGUGAACAGGACCCUCACAAAAAACUGUAUCGUAGUACUUCUGCUUGUUUGUUCUCCUCAACCAAACUGUCAGAAAAAGCCCACAAGGUCCGUUCAUCAGUAAAAGGUCAGGAAAGGCCUGAUGAAAACCAUUGUCAUCGCGCCAUACAAAGGAGCUUUUCCCUGGAGGUGCCCUACGCUAACACUGGAAUUUCAUGUCACGUUUCAAAUCCAAAACUCAGUAGUCCUCACUCUCCACAUGUGCACAUUCAUUUGUCUCCUUGCUGCCCAGCUAAGUUGCCGAGCUCUGUUACUGAUGUAAACACAAGCCACAAUGGAACUAACACACCAAAGAGCCUGGUUCAAAACACCAAGACACGUGAUGACUUUCUGGGACAGGUGGACAUCCCCUUAAAUCAGAUACCGACAGAAAAUCCUAAUACAGAAAGGCCAUACACAUUCAAGGAUUUUCUGCUUCACCCACGAAGCCACAAGUCCAGAGUCAAAGGUCACCUGCGUCUCAAAAUGACCUACCUGCCAAAAAACCCAGAUUCAGAGGAGGAAACAGCAGAACAGACUGAGGACAUGGAUCCUGGUUGGGAGUUUCUGGAGGCUCAGGACAUGUCAGGUCCCAGACAAAACCAGCUUCUGCCUGCUCUGCCCCCUGGCUGGGAGGAGCGGCAGGACAACCUGGGAAGAACCUAUUUUGUCAAUCAUGAGAGCAGAACCACGCAGUGGACACGACCCACAAUUCAGAACGUUGAUGUGGAGAUGCAAAGAAGACAGAACAAUAACGUAGAUGCGGAGCAUGCUAUUAUUACACGCAGACAGAUCUCAGACCAUGAUGAGAACACCACACGAGAGUCUCCUGAGAGCUGGGAGAUCAUUACAGAGGAUGAGUCCACCUUGUACCACAGCAAUAACCAGCUCACAUCAAGUCCACCCCACGGGCCUGCAGAGUUCCACCCUUCCCGCGCCGAGCUGAGAAACACUCACAUUUCUGGGGCCACAGCUGGCGAGCUGCGCACUUACCAGACGGAUCAUGCUAAUAAUUCAAGCCAUUCCAGUCACAGAGGAAGUGCCCAGACUUCAACAGGAGAGGAACAUCCUGUUAAUCCUGUGCUGAUUCCAACCUCAACUGGGCUGCCUCCAGGCUGGGAGGAGAAGCGAGACAGUAAAGGGAGACGCUACUUUGUCAACCACAACAGCCGAACCACUUCAUGGACACGACCCCUCAUUCAAAAAACCUCAGAGGCACCAGCAGCAGCAGCAGCAGCAGCAGCAGCAGCAGCAGCAGCGGCGGCGGCGGCAGCAACACAGAGUGGUGCAGGUGUAGCCCAGAGCCUGACUCCACCCUUGCCAUCCAUGUCUCCAGAGGAAUCUCCUCAGCACACCCCAAGCCCAGAGGUCACACAUAAAUCUGACUUCCUGCCAGCUGGUUGGGAGGUUCGCAGUGCUCCCAAUGGAAGACCCUUUUUCAUCAACCACAACACUAAGACAACUACCUGGGUGAGAAAGCAGCAGGCUUCAGAUGUGCUUUUACCUCCAAUCGAAGAUCCCAGGAUAAAGAUCCCUGUGCACAUGAGGAAGAGACCCUCACUUGAUCCAUCUGAUCUUGGCCCUCUGCCGCCUGGCUGGGAGGAGAGGGUCCACACUGAUGGCAGGAUAUUCUACAUAGAUCACAACACCAGGAACACACAAUGGGAUGAUCCCAGAUUACAGAACUCAGCUAUAACUGGACCAGCAGUGCCUUAUUCCAGAGAUUAUAAACAGAAGUAUGACUACUUCCGGAAGAAAAUGAAGAAACCGGCUGACAUCCCAAACCGUUUUGAGCUGAAACUGAGACGUAAUGCGGUGCUGGAGGACUCGUACCGGCGCAUCCUCUCAGUGAAGAGGGCAGACCUGCUGAAGGCAAGACUGUGGGUGGAAUUUGAAGGAGAAAAAGGACUGGACUAUGGUGGCGUGGCCAGGGAAUGGUUCUUCCUCAUGUCCAAGGAGAUGUUCAACCCGUACUAUGGACUGUUUGAGUAUUCUGCCACGGACAACUACACACUGCAGAUUAACCCCAACUCAGGUUUAUGUAAUGAGGACCACCUGUCCUACUUCAAGUUCAUCGGCCGUGUGGCAGGCAUGGCCGUGUAUCACGGCAAACUGCUCGAUGCUUUCUUCAUUCGGCCUUUCUACAAGAUGAUGCUGCAGAAGCCCAUCACCCUCCAGGACAUGGAGUCUGUUGACAGUGAAUAUUUCAACUCCUUAAAGUGGAUUUUGGAGAACGACCCGAAAGACUUGGAUUUAAGGUUCACCAUCGACGAAGAGCUGUUUGGACAGACUCGCCAACAUGAACUGAAGCCGGGCGGCGCAGAGAUUGUCAUAACUAAUGAAAACAAGAAGGAAUACAUCCAUCUGGUGAUGCAGUGGAGGUUUGUGAACAGGAUACAGAAACAGAUGACUGCCUUCAAAGAGGGAUUCUUUGAGUUGAUACCUCAAGAUCUGGUCAAGAUCUUUGAUGAGAAUGAGCUCGAGCUGCUCAUGUGUGGUCUUGGAGAUGUGGAUGUGAAUGACUGGAGAGAGAACACCAAGUACAAGAACAGCUAUUGCUCCAACCACGUUGUUAUCCAGUGGUUUUGGAAAACGGUGCUGUUGAUGGAUGCAGAAAAGCGAAUCAGACUCUUACAGUUUGUGACAGGAACAUCAAGGGUCCCAAUGAAUGGCUUUGCUGAACUCUAUGGGUCUAACGGACCACAGCUGUUCACUAUUGAGCAGUGGGGAACACGUGAUAAACUCCCCCGAGCCCACACAUGCUUCAAUCGACUGGACCUGCCUCCUUAUGAGUCUUUUGAGGAGCUGAGGGAGAAACUUCACAUCGCCAUUGAGAAUGCACAAGGCUUCGACGGGGUGGAUUAGAGCUUGUGCUGUAAUUGAGCUUGACUGACAUUACUGCAUGAUGUGGUGAAGACGUUGAUGAGAGAAACGAGCUGUGCGUCAGAUUCGGGUCUUAACCUGUCAGCUGUGUGACGGAUGAAGGACCGUUGCACAACUUCACUUUGGUCCUCUGUUGAGGCACACGUGGAGAAAGGACAUUAAAUCUGGAGUGACAGAGGUAUUUAAUCGCUCUACUCGUUCUAAAGUUUACAAAGCAAACAUGCAAAGCUGUAUACUGCAUAACGAAAACAUCUAACCUUAAAUAGUAGUUUCAUUUGGGCUGAAUUGCCUCAGAAAAAACUUUAUGCUCAGAUUCUCACAUCAGGUACUUGUGAGGUUUUAUCUUCACGUUGUAGUUGGUGGGAAAUUAGUUUAGUUGUGUUAACUUGUCCCUUCACCACAUGUUAGUACUGGAAAGAGUGGGACGUGGCUCAGAAUUAUCACUAAGUUAUGUUUAACAUAAGGAUAACAUCAACUCUUGAUAUUUGAAUAAAAAAAAAACGGAACUCACAACCCAUGUUUCCUAUUAUAUAUACUAUUCAACAUUUAAAGUAAAGUUAACAAGUCUGAAAUCCCUUUAAACAUGACCGUGGCUCAACUGGAACAGCGUCAUCCAAAUGUUUUAAAAUUAAAAGAUGAAGGCAGCAAUGUGUCAGAAGUUUUAAACCAGUAUGAUCAGAUGGCAAUUCAACCUAAAUAAAACAGAUGUGAAGAUAUAUUUUUCCUAUCAUUUAAAUUCUAUACAUAAUUAUAUUUUUUUCAUUCCAUCACAUUAGAAUCACUCAUGCAAAUCCCAAAUAUAUGCACCCCAAAAGCAUUGGUAGCAGAAAAUGUGCAAGUUAUAUACAUGAGUAAGUUUGAGCGACUACACUGAAGGAAGGUGUAUCAUUGAAUCGUUAAAGUAGUGAUGUACCAAUGCCAGGACCAGUAAAAGGCAAAACUAAUUCUACAGUAGUUUGUAUUGGACUACAUGCAGUGUUAGAUUGUGCUGAAAUACUAUGCAUAAUUGUACAUUAACCUGUUUUUUUUUCAUUAUUAUUUCAUAAAUAUACUGUACAUAUAAAUUACUUUGCUUUCUACAAAAUGAUGAAGCAUUUAUUGUUAAAAAUAUUCACUCAAACUUGUGAAAUUGGCAGAUAACGGUUAUUGGUGCACCUCUACAUUAAUACAUAAUUUUCUUUUAUGAUCAGUACACGCUCAUACUCAAGGUAACAUUUACCGUUUGUAUAUCAGAGGAAUAAACAAAUGUACAUACACAUACUAUCUCCUGGAAUUAGUAGCUUACAGAAAACUUAACCAACAGACUGACGUUAUCACACACUUUGCUUACAGUAUGUCAGAAAUUAUGUUUUGUUGCCUUUUGUCAAUGAGUGAUAUCAUUUUUGUUUUCCUCUACUCAUCACGGGUGUCCAAUUGCAGCACGGUGCUCAAUUUUUAAGAGUAUAACUUUUAAAAAGAUUUUGUUGGUUGUCAAAAUGUGUACAGAUUGUCAGUUUUCAAAAUGAGUAACACUUGUUCAUACCUUUGUAGGAAAGCAACUGUUUUUCAGCAGUAGUUUUUAACAUUUUCUGAAUGGUAAAACAAAACGUGUUUACACUACCUGCCAUGUUUACAGGUCGUUGAUAAAAGAAGAUAUGGUGGGAUGGUUCUUGUCUCUGACAACACAAUUUUAUACUUUAUGCUUUUAUAAAGUGAAGCACUUUGUUAAUAUCGAUGAGUCUUACUUCUGAACUGUCUGAAUCUUUGCCAAUCUGUCACCUGCAGACUGCUUAAACCGCUCUUUAAGAAAAUGAUCCUAUGCUUCAAGUGCAUAUGUGUUUUUAAAUGUUUACAUGUGAACAUUGCUGAAAAUAAGCACAUUCUCUUUCACUUAUAUUUAAAAUGAAAUACAGAGGCCUUCAUUUGUAAUGUAUUGUAGAAUUUGAUUGUUUAUUGAUGUUUUAAUCUCUAAAUGGAAGUACUGUUAUAUAUAUAUAUAUAUAUUGUCUACUGAAGAAUAAUGAAUAGAUCAACAUUUAAUUUCUGAUAUAUCAAAUUUACUUAUUAUAGAAUUUAUUAUAACACCUAUAAGUGCAUUACAACAGCAUACAUGCAUACAUGCACAUACAACAUGCAGUAUAUACAACAGUUUAAAAGGUAGAAUGAACUGUAGCUGUUAAAUACCAAUUUGAUGACAUAUAUAACACCAAAUUGAAUAUAAAUAUUUGAAAAAUAAAGAAAUAUAAAAACAAUUAUCCACUGUAUUCAUGUCUAACUUUCCCACUGAUAUGUAUUCUUAUUGCAGUUUCUCUCCUUUGAUUUGAUGCACUUCAGGUAUUCUACGGAGUGACCUCAACCUAAAAUGCAUUCACUAACUUUUAAUGAUUUCCGGUUCUUUUCACACAGUUCUCAGUAACACUUACUUCAACUAUUAAGUAUUUAUAAGCUUUAUACAAACAUUGCAUACAUUUUUAAUAACACUAUAUUGUAGUUAUAAGAGGAUAUAAGUGUUUAUUAAGUAUUUUGUCAACUAGUACAACUCCUCCUGUGGCACCCAUAAGUGGAAGCUAAAAAAAAAAAUAUAUGUCUCAAUUUGAAAAGUUAUUAAUUGUUGACUAAUAAUGUACAUUAUUAAUAAACACUUAAAAUGUCCUCAUCUGGGUACAACUACAUUAUAGUGUAUUAAUAUACUCUUUAUAAAUGCUUAAAAAGGAGGGUUAAAGUUAAAGUGCUGCCCAGUUUUCUUACACAACUAUCACAUAGAAAACAUGAUUUGCAGAGCAUUCAACACAAGCACAAGGAAUUGAGUGCAGAAUUCACCAGACAGUCAUCUUUCUGUUUUGUUGGCUAACUCAAACUGUGAGAAUAUGUAGAGGUACAAAACAUGUGACUCUCUAAUCAAUGUGAAGUCACGUGUAAAAUGACACACCAGGCUGUAAAGAGGAGGAAAAGCAGCUGUGAUGUAGUGGUAGUCCAGCUUUGCAGUAUCAUAUAUUGGACAAGGUUGGACGUAUUACACAAAUUAUUGGACACACCUCUUCCUAUUUCCAUAUUUCAAAGACCAGGAGCUCCAGACUGAGGAGGAGGUCAGGGCCUCCGAGCUGAACUCACCCAGCUCAAAGAAGAGCAGAAGGAUGGAUGGACUCCCUCUAUGAUUUACCAAAUGUUGAGCUGCUGGAAGAGUCUGAGGGAUGACUCUAAAGGGAAACCCUGAAGAAGACUGCCUUGUGCCAAUAUGUGUGGGUUGCUGCCCAGUUCUAUUUGUAAUGUAAGAUUUCAAUAGCCAUCUAAAUAAAAGCUUUUACAUUUUUUCACAA